CAUCUUGUGGCUGUCUGAGUUUUGAACAAGGUCAUGAAUCAUCAAAAAAGUUUUUUUCUCAUAACCUUCACAAAGGAGAACAAAUCUAGACCAAGUAAAUCUUCUGUAAGUGAAAACAUCUCUUCCUAUUGUAGCUUUCUCUGUAGGACCCCAAAGAUGGAAACUUUUCUUAUUGGAACAUACAUGGUGGAUGAGAAGAAAAAGCUGACAUGGCAAAGUGGUGAAUCUAGAGUGACCAAUGAGAAUGUGACAAAUAAGCCUUUAGUGAAGAGAUUAGGAUGCUCAUGAGCCACAAGUUAUAAUGUUAUAUAUUAGCUUAUAUCAACAUCACUUCCAGUUACCAAGAAAUAAAUCUUUUUUUUUUUGUGAAUUGUGGAGUAAUGUUGAUAAGUUGAGUUUUUCAGUUGUUCACUGAAACAAUAUUGCCAAAAUUGUAAUUUAAUUUUUUGGGAAAUUAUUAGAUCAUGAAAUGAAUAUUUACUCCCUUU